UAAAACUCCCUCUUAAAUUUGGUAUAAAAUUAAAAAAUAAUUAACUUUGUUAGAUUAAUCCACGUGAACGGACGAAAAACACUAAUAAGUUAGCUAAUCAUAUUGAAAAUGCGAUCCUGAGAUGAAAGGUUUGGAUCAAAGACUCCAAAUCAUAUUAUAUUAGCAGUCCCCCCGUCAGUCUCACACACUCCGCCCCAUCACCAAUAAGUCCUCCAUAGAAGAUGGCUCCUUCUCUGACCCCAAAGACGCCGGAAAACGACGCUGCAGAAAGUCAGCCCGACCUGUUCAAGAGAUUCGACGUCGUUUCGGACCCCUCGGACCACCACUUCUACAGAUCCAACCUCCCGAAGAAUACCGCCGGCCAAGGUUGCUUCACUAGUGGCGGCAGCAAGGUCCACAAGAAGAUCAUGCACGAGUGGAAGAUUCUGGAGAAGCACCUCCCGGACUCCAUCUAUGUGCGCGUCUACGACACCCGCAUCGACCUCCUCCAGGCCGUCAUCGUCGGCGCUGCCGGCACGCCCUACCACGACGCGCUCUUCUUCUUCGACAUCGCGUUCCCGAACGAUUACCCGACCCGCCCGCCCCAGGUCUACUACCACUCUUUCGGGAACCGGGUCAACCCGAACCUCUACGCGACCGGCUACGUCUGCCUGAGCCUGCUCAACACGUGGUCCGGCAGCAAGGGGCAGAAGUGGAACCCGUCUCAGUCGACGAUCCUCCAGGUCCUGGUCUCGAUCCAGGGUCUCGUGCUCAACGAGAAACCCUAUUUCAACGAACCGGGCACGGGAAUAUUCGGCCGGGGUCGGUUGGAGAACACGGCGCAAGCCUACGGGGAGAACGCGUUCCUGUUGACUCAUAAAACGACGCACAUUCUGCUGCGGAGGCCGCCCAAACAUUUCAGGGCGUUCGUGGCGGAGCACUUUCGGCAUAGAGCGGGUGCGAUACUGAGAGCGUGCAUUGCAUACGCGAAGGGGCUCGUAGCGGUGGGCGAGUACAAGGAGGAGGAGGAGGAUCACCAAAACGGUGCCGUUUCGGUUAUAAAGGUAAGGCGAAGUUUCAGGGAGCCGUUGGAGAAGUUGUACGCCGAACUGUACAAGGAUUUCAAAUGGAACGGUGAUUCUUUGGUGGGUUUGCCCGAGCUGCUGAAGGUGGAAGCCGCCAAAACGACGCCGUCUGCGAGAAGGGAGGGGAGCAGUGGUAGUAUUGUUGGGAGGGUUUUUCGGAAAUUGAAAAAGGUUUUGGGAUUGGGACCUAAAAAUAAGAUCGGCAAGAAAGGCGGGAGUGAAUCGAAGCGCAAUGCUGGAGUGGCUGCUGCUGCUGCCGCUGCCGCUGCGGAUUUGGGCCUUUGAUUCCGAGGGUAGAUUCGAGAUUUUCAUUUGUUGAUAGGGGUAUUUUUGGGUAAAUAAAGGUAAUUAAAAUUUUAUUAGGAUUAGGAGCAGUGGUUUUCUUUUUUAAUUUGGAUUAUUUGUUGGUGCGAUGGUUACGUAACACCGCUAGACGAUGUUAUGAUUUGUUUUUUCUUUACGUAAUUAGUGAAAACCAUAUCGCUAUACUUUUUAUAAAAUAGAAAACCUUUAAAACGUAAAACUU